UAUCAUCAUAGAUGUAAAAUGUCACUUUUUAGUGUAAAGCUUCGGCAUAAUAUUAUAAUUUAAUAAAUAUUUAAUAUGUCUAUAUCGCAUUGUCGCACACUCGUAUUCGGAAGCAUCACUCACUCUCUCGACUCUCACUGACUCACUCGCCGACCGAUCAAAGAGCAGCCGCCAAUGGACGAUUAUCGAGAGAACUGUUUAUUAUAAUAUUUGUAAUUAUUAUUUUAUUAUUACUGUACACAGCGACGCUGCCGAAGUCGUAUCGCACGCACGCUCACGUUUCGCAGUUGUGGUCAGUGGUCACUGGUCACGUACGACGUACUCACGUCGACUUCUGUGGUCACUAUAACUCUCUCGCUGUAUACGCAUUAGGCGUACCGGCGAAGACGCCUCAUCACUGCUCCGACACCGACACCGCUUGCACCCAAUAUCUAGACGAGCAAAAGCGACCAACAGUCGUCAGAAACGCCACACACCCUGCGCAGCAAUGGACGACAAUAAGGUCGAAGUGCUCUUUGAGAACGGCGUCUAUUACGAGGGCUUUGUUACGGGUGUAACGGAAAAUGAAGUUCUAGUUUCUUUCCCUGAUGAUUGGUAUCCUGAAACUGAAUUCAACCAUGACAAUGUUCGACUCCCAUUGUCAGAUGAGCAAUGUAGUGCAGAGUUUAUUGACAAUCAAGAAAUAGAAGUAAAAUCGGUCAGAGAACCUCAUCCUUGUUACGGAUGGGUAAAAGCAGUAAUAAAAAUGAUCAGUGGUAACCCACCAUCCCAGUUCGUUGUUCAAUAUUUCAACUCAACAGUUAUAGAAAUAGUCUCCCCUGAUAAAAUCAGAAACAGUAACAUAAAUUCACACAUUAAUGGCAAUACAUUUUAUACGUUUGAUAUUGAUGUACCUGAAGAUGUUAGAGAAAUUGCUAAAAUCUAUGGUAUCCACAUAGAUUUCCAGAAAGCAAUUGACGCAUCUCGAGUGUUCUAUAAUGCUGAUCAGUCAGUAUUGAGUGUUAUAUCUCGUUCAUCAUUGACCAGUAAAAGAGCAUUGAUGUUAGCUGACAUGCACUUUAGAAACCUGAAUGAAAAUAUUAUGUUGCUUAUGAAGACUGAACAAUUAGACAUGCAACCGGAAAAUUCCAAUCUACAGUUUACAUCAUCUUAUACUGAUGAAUUUAUUGUAUGUAAUAAUCUCAUUGGUUUGGCUAUCGGUACUCGCGGCUCCAAUAUCAAACGAGCUCGGAAGAUUGAGGGUAUUACGAAUAUUGAAUUAGAUAAAAAUACUGGUGUUUUUAAAAUUUAUGGAGAAAAUAAAGACGCUGUAAUGAAAGCUCGAGGAAUUUUAGAGUUUAAAGAAGAAUUUAUUCAAGUUCCAAGAAAUUUCAUAGAAAAAGUAGUUGGUAAAAAUAAUAGCAACAUCCAAGAUAUUGUUGAUAAGAGCAGAGUGAUUAAAGUGAAAAUUGUAGGUGAUGAUGAGACACAACCUACCAUUCCUUGUGAAGAGGGUCAAAUCCCUUUUAUGUUUGUUGGCACGGUAGAAAAUAUAUCUAAUGCUAAAUUUCUACUAGAAUAUCAUUUAGAACACCUUAAAAAACUUGAACAAUUCAGUCAAGAAAUAGUUGGAAUGAAGCAAGAGUUAUGUAAUAAUCGACCGUCAGCUGCCCAAUAUUUCAACUCAACAGUUAAAGAAAUAGUCUCGCCUGGUAAAAUCAAUUACAGUAACAUUAAUGGCGAUACAUUUUAUACGUUCGAUAUUCCUGUACCUGAAGAUGUUAGAGAAUUUGCUAAAAUCGAUGGUAUUCACACAGAUCUUCAGAUAGCAAUUAGUGCAUCCCUGGUGUCAUAUAAUCCAGAUCAAUCAGUGUUGAGUGUUACAUCUCGUUCAACAUUGACCAGUGAAAGAGCAUUUAUGUUAGCCGACAUGCACUUUAGAAACCUGAACCAAAAUGUUAUGGUGCUUACGAAGACUGAAAAAUUAAACAAGCAACCGGAAUAUUCAAAUCUACAGUUUAAAUCACCUUAUACUGAUAAAUUUAAUGUACCUGAUGACCUUAUGGGUUUGGCUAUUGGUGCUCAUGGAACUAAUAUUAAACGAGCUCGCAGAAUUGACGGUAUUACAAAUAUUGAAUUGGUUAAACAUAGUGGCGUUUUUAAAAUUUAUGGAGAUAAUGAAGACGCUGUAAUAAAAGCUCGAGAAAUUUUAGAGUAUAGAAAAGAAUGUCUUAACGUUCCAAUAGAUUUCAUAGGAAAAGUAAUUGGUAAAAAUAAAAGAAACAUCAUAGAUAUUAUUUACAAGAGCGGUGUGCACACCAUAUUAAUUGAUGGUGAUGAUGGGACACAACCUACCGUUCCUCGUGAAGAGGAUCAUGUUCCUCUUAUGAUUAUUGGCAUGGUAGAAAGUAUUUCUAAGGCUAAACUUCUAAUAGAAAAUCGUUUAGAAGACCUUAAAGAACUUGAACAAAAUAGAAAAGAAAAACAAACUGGAAUGGUGCACGAUUUACAUAGUAUACACAAUACUAGACCAGCUAUUCAACAUGCCACGACGCAUAGGCGAAACAACCG